UUGUUAGAUGACUCCAUCGCGCGCGACGGAAGAGACGACGAGCAUCAAAAAGCAAUAAUCCGUCGCUGAAUCGAGAAGGACGUCCCUUCAAUUCCCUCAGAAAUGGCGGCUCCGUCGUUUCCGGGGACGACCAUAAGGAGCUCUCCUUCUUUCCCGCCACUGUCCUUCUCUCCUUUAGCUUUCCGCACGGAUUCUCAUCCGCAGAACGAGAUGGGAACCUCCUUUUUAGGUAGAACCCCGAGGUGUUAUUCGAAAGUCUGGAAAUCAAGGCGCGGGAGAGGAGGUGGGUCCGCAGCAGUGGCGUCGUUGGGCGGGUUGCUUGGAAUGUUCAAGGGGGACGAUAUGGGGAAAUCUGCAAGGAAGCAGUAUUCCCCCACGGUUUCCGUGAUCAAUGACAUGGAGAAGGCGGUUUCGGCGCUUUCCGAUGAGCAGUUGAGGGAGAGAACCGUGGAAUUCAAGCGGCGUGUUGCAGUCGGUGAUUCGUUGGAUUCAAUUCUUCCCGAAGCAUUUGCUGUUGUCAGAGAGGCUUCAAAAAGGGUCUUAGGCCUACGUCCUUUUGAUGUGCAGUUUAUAGGUGGUAUGGUUCUUCACAAGGGAGAAAUAGCAGAAAUGAGGACAGGAGAGGGAAAGACUCUUGUAGCUAUCUUACCUGCUUAUUUGAAUGCUCUGAGUGGAAAAGGAGUACAUAUUGUUACUGUAAACGACUAUCUUGCCCGGCGAGACUGUGAAUGGGUUGGUCAAGUUCCUCGAUUCCUUGGACUACAGGUUGGCUUAAUUCAACAGAACAUGACCAGUGAACAAAGAAGACAAAAUUAUGCAUGUGACAUAACAUAUGUCACAAAUAGUGAGCUUGGUUUUGAUUAUUUGAGAGACAAUCUGGCAACGAGUGUGGAUGAGCUCGUACUGAGGGAUUUCAAUUAUUGUGUUAUCGAUGAAGUUGAUUCCAUUCUCAUUGAUGAGGCAAGAACUCCACUUAUCAUCUCUGGAUCUGCAGAAAAGCCAAGUGACCGGUAUUAUAAGGCUGCAAAAAUAGCAGCUGCUUUUGAACGAGAUCUUCACUACACAGUUGACGAAAAGCAAAAAACUAUCUUACUAACAGAACAAGGCUAUGAAGAUGCUGAAGAUAUUUUGGAUGUAAAGGACCUUUAUGAUCCUCGAGAGCAGUGGGCGUUGUAUGUUCUUAAUGCAAUAAAGGCAAAGGAGCUCUUUCUCAGAGAUGUCAACUAUAUUGUUCGAGGAAAAGAGGUUUUCAUUGUUGAUGAGUUCACAGGACGUGUUAUGCAGGGAAGGAGAUGGAGUGAUGGGCUUCACCAGGCAGUUGAAGCAAAAGAAGGUUUGCCAAUUCAAAAUGAGACAGUUACGUUGGCAUCCAUCAGCUAUCAAAAUUUUUUUCUUCAGUUCCCCAAACUCUGUGGCAUGACUGGGACUGCAGCCACUGAGAGCACAGAAUUUGAGAGCAUAUACAAGCUGAAGGUUACAGUUGUCCCAACAAACAAGCCUAUGAUUAGGAAGGAGGAGCCGGAUGUGGUGUUCAGAGCAGCCACUGGUAAGUGGCGUGCUGUUGUGGUAGAAAUUUCUAGAAUGCAUAAGACAGGACGGCCUGUGCUUGUUGGUACUACAAGUGUUGAGCAAAGUGAUGCCUUAUCUUUGCAGUUGCGUGAAGCAGGCAUACCCCAUGAGGUUCUUAAUGCCAAACCAGAAAAUGUAGAAAGGGAAGCAGAAAUAGUUGCUCAAAGUGGACGGGUUGGUGCAGUUACAAUAGCCACUAAUAUGGCUGGGCGUGGAACUGAUAUUAUUCUGGGAGGGAAUGCAGAAUUCAUGGCAAGAUUAAAACUGCGAGAAAUGCUAAUGCCAGGUGUUGUUAAGCUGACCGAUGGGGGUUUUGUAUCUGUGAAGAAACUUCCUGCAAAGAAGACAUGGAAGGUAAGUGAAAGUCUGUUCCCGUGUGAGCUUUCCAAAGAAAGGAUAGCGUUAGCUGAAGAUGCAGUUGACUUGGCUGUCAAAACCUGGGGCAAAAGAUCAUUGACUGAACUUGAAGCAGAGGAAAAACUUUCAUAUUCAUGUGAAAAGGGGCCAACAGAAGAUGUUGUCAUAUCAAAGCUCAGGCAUGCCUUCAAAGAAAUUGUGGAAGAAUAUAAAAUCUACACUGAGGAGGAGAGGAAGAAGGUAGUGUCAGCAGGUGGUCUUCAUGUUGUGGGGACAGAGCGCCAUGAAUCUCGGAGAAUAGAUAAUCAGCUUCGUGGUCGAAGCGGCAGACAGGGUGAUCCUGGGAGUUCAAGGUUUUUCCUGAGUUUAGAAGAUAACAUAUUUCGUAUCUUUGGUGGAGACCGUAUUCAGGGUUUGAUGAGGGCCUUCAGAGUUGAAGACUUGCCUAUUGAAUCCAAAAUGCUAACAAAGGCAUUGGAUGAGGCUCAGCGUAAAGUUGAGAAUUACUUCUUUGAUAUCCGGAAGCAGUUGUUUGAAUAUGAUGAAGUCUUAAAUAGUCAAAGGGAUCGUGUAUACACAGAAAGAAGACGAGCUCUGCAGUCUGACAACCUGCAAUCUCUUCUUAUAGAAUAUGCUGAAUUAACUAUGGAUGAUAUUUUGGAGGCGAACAUUGGUAUAGAUGCCCCAAAGGACAACUGGGACCUCGGCAAGCUGAUCGCAAAAGUUCAACAGUACUGCUAUCUCCUCAAUGAUUUGACACCAGAACUGGUUGACGGCAAAUGUCCAGACUAUGCAAGCUUGAGAGAAUACCUUCGCCAGCGUGGACGUGAAGCAUACAUGCAGAAACGAGAGAUCAUAGAGAAGCAAGCACCUGGAUUGAUGACAGAAGCAGAGAGAUUUUUCAUUCUAAGCAACAUCGAUAGACUAUGGAAGGAACACUUGCAGGCGUUGAAGUUUGUUCAGCAAGCUGUUGGAUUGCGAGGAUAUGCACAGCGAGACCCACUUAUUGAAUACAAGCUAGAAGGAUACAAUCUGUUCCUGGACAUGAUGGCGCAGAUCCGAAGAAAUGUCAUCUACUCUGCCUAUCAGUUCCAACCAGUCAUGGCAAAGGAUCCAAGAGACGAGAAGAAGAGCGCAAGUGAGGAUUCUAAUGGAAGUGCCAGUAACAAUGAUGCCAAUCCCGCUAUCCCAGCUAAGGCUUCUUCAUGACCACAUUGGCGGUUCCUACUCCAAAAUUAUCAUAGCGCCGGAGUUUUUGGUCUCUCUGUUCGCCAUGGUAUUCAUAAGGAAAGGGAAAAGAAAGCGUGAAAAAUGUAACAUAUGCAGACCUAAAGGAGCAAAAUGUAGAAACUCAUCUUCUUGGUGCGCUUGUUCCAUAGUUGUUCUUACGACAAGAAAUUAUUCCACUAGAUCUCAUGCGUCUGGUACUUGAAAAAAAAAAGGUGCCGCCAGCUGCUUUUGGCCAAGAAUAUGAAGAAAUCGGUGGACUCAAAACUGCUGACAUGUUCCACAGGGCUGAUAGAUGUCACUGGCUUUUCGUCAGCGGCCAACAAUGGCUUGAUCCUCAAACAGGCCCGGUUCAUCCUUUGUUUUACCGACUGUGCAAAAAUGACACGGUUCCAUCUCUUCCCACUAUGUUUUGCACAUCUGAAUUUUUACAAAUGAUUCUUCUGAGUUUGCGAACAAGUGUAACAAGCCUUCUUCUAUUAUGCCAACAAGAUCUUUGGCGAUAAUCUCCAUAAUGUAAUGCAGACACAAUUUCUGUUAAUGAAAAGGUGAAUCCUCAUCAGUUUUUCGGUUA